CUCGGUGAUGUUCGUCGUCAGAACCGCUGCUGCAAAGAGGGCAGUGACCGUAUUUUUGCAGAUAUCUAUCAUUUCUCGGGAUUACUAAGAGCUGUAUCAAAAUCAGAUAAUAUUAUAUUUAUACUCGUGCAGUGAAGCAGUCUGCCUGUCCGCAAAUGCAAGCUAUUAAAUGCGUGGUUGUCGGUGAUGGGGCGGUUGGUAAGACCUGCCUAUUGAUCAGCUACACCACAAAUGCCUUCCCUGGCGAGUACAUCCCCACAGUAUUUGACAACUACUCUGCCAAUGUUAUGGUCGAUGGAAAACCAGUCAACCUUGGCUUAUGGGAUACAGCUGGACAGGAAGACUAUGAUCGCCUUCGUCCCCUCUCAUACCCACAGACGGAUGUGUUCUUAAUAUGCUUUUCUUUAGUGAGUCCAGCAUCCUUUGAGAAUGUCCGUGCAAAGUGGUACCCCGAGGUGCGACAUCACUGUCCCAACACACCGAUCAUCCUUGUGGGCACAAAACUGGACCUGCGAGAUGAUAAGGACACUAUAGAAAGGCUGCGAGACAAAAAGCUUUCACCCAUCACCUACCCCCAGGGCCUGGCCAUGGCCCGUGAGAUCGGUGCAGUGAAGUACCUGGAAUGCUCGGCUCUGACUCAGCGCGGUUUAAAGACUGUAUUUGAUGAGGCCAUCCGUGCUGUCCUGUGCCCUCCACCCGUCAAAAAACGCGGCAAGAGGUGCACUCUCUUCUGAGCUAAAGUGAUGACAAUUCCUGGCACCCCCACACAAAACUACAAUAUUUUUAAUCAGCCUCUUGGGAAAUAUAUUGUACUACUCUUACAGGUUAAGUGAUAGCUGUCCAUGAAGUUCUAAUGUAUAUGAACCAUUGGCUAGACUUAGAGGUGUCGUCAAGGCGGUGGGAAACCUUGUGGUAGAUGGCUUUUGUUUUCGCGGCUUCAAGCGUCCAGAGACGUAAUAUUCCAUUUCAUAUUGUUUAUAUGAGAAGUUUACUGUAGUGGUACAAUGUAAUUGUUGACAUACUGUAAGGAAGUGUUUCUUGGUGUUGUAAAGGAAGUGUGUCAAAGAAAUGGGAAAUUUCUGUUGAUUUAGACAGUCUUGUACAAAGCUAACCAUUACAGUAUUAGCAUUCCUGGUGGUGUUAAAGUCUACAUGAAACCUCAUUUGCAACCCAUUUUACUUCCAUAAUGUGACGCAUUUCUUAGUGAAAUAGGAUUUCCAACGAGUAAAAAGCAUGUUUUUUCUUCUUCUUUGGAUUACCACGCACCAAUGAAUCAUUCACAAUAUGAUAAGGAACAUGUAAUAAGAAAGUAAAUAGGGUCAAUUUGGAUUUCAUGUUGACUUUAAGCCACAUGCAGUUAUGAACGCUAAAUGUUUUCUUCUUUAGAAACUCUUAAACAACAUUGCAAACACUAGGGAAGCCGGUACAUUGUGUCUAUAUUUUCAUGUUGAUACAAAAAUCAACAAUUUUGUGAGCGAAUACACUGUUUUUGAAUUUUCUUUCUUUUUUCGUUUUUUAAUGUAUUUUAAACCAUGUUCAUCCUUUUAUUCCCCCACCCUGAUCUAUGAUGAAGGGUGUUCUGGUAAUGCUUCACUAUCCAAAAUAUCCAAGCUUUAUUUGAACAAAUGCCCAUUAAUGGGUACGUACGAGUGUCUAGCAUGCCACAAUGAGAAGUCUUACUAACCCCAACCUCUCUUUAAUUGAAGGAUGAGCAUGGGCAUUUGUUCUCGAUUUUCCCACUUUGGAAACCUUGCUAAUGUGUCUGCAUGUGAUGUGCAGUGGUGUGGCUGUUGAGUGUGAGCUCUGAAGUCUAUAUGGUCACAAUCAGUAGUAUCCUGCGUCGGUGCUACAGCACUCCCUCUCUUUGUAAAUAACUCUCAAAAUGGACAAAAAAGAUGAUUUUCACAGCUGCCAAAAGACAUUUCCAUGAUGUAAUAUAGUAUAUUUAAAAAUGUUUUAGACGAGGAAUGCAUUAAUUAAUAAAUCUAUUCAUGUUUUA